AUAAAAAUAAAAUAAAAUAAAAUAAUCAAUUCGGGCAGAUCACUCCUCACAGUCAUUACGAUCCUCAUCUCUCCCUGUGUUUCGUGUGUGAUUUCUUUUCACAUUCAUCGAUUCCAUGGCUACGAAAGGUCAAGUGAUUACUUGCAAAGCGGCGGUGGCCUGGGAACCCAACAAGCCUUUGGUGAUCGAGGAGGUUCAGGUGGCGCCGCCGCAAGCCGGCGAGGUUCGGAUCAAGAUCCUCUUUACUGCCCUCUGCCACACCGACGCUUACACCUGGAGCGGAAAGGAUCCCGAGGGUCUCUUCCCAUGUAUUCUUGGUCACGAGGCUGCAGGUGUUGUCGAAAGUGUUGGAGAAGGCGUGAUUGAGCUUCAGCCUGGCGACCAUGUCAUUCCUUGUUACCAGGCAGAAUGCAAAGAAUGCAAGUUCUGCAAAUCAGGGAAGACAAAUCUCUGUGGGAAAGUAAGGGUAGCUACUGGAGCUGGAGUAAUGCUGAGUGACCGUAAUAGUCGUUUUUCAAUCAAUGGCAAACCUAUUUAUCAUUUCAUGGGAACUUCAACAUUCAGUCAGUAUACUGUUGUACAUGAUGUUAGUGUUGCAAAGAUUGAUCCCAAAGCCCCUUUGGAGAAAGUAUGUCUUCUAGGUUGUGGUAUUCCAACAGGCCUUGGAGCAGUUUGGAACACAGCAAAAGUAGAACAAGGCUCUAUUGUUGCUGUUUUUGGCCUUGGCACUGUCGGACUUGCUGUAGCAGAGGGUGCAAAAGCUGCUGGUGCUUCACGGAUAAUUGGAAUUGACAUUGAUAGCAAAAAGUUCGAUACAGCAAAAAAAUUCGGCGUGACUGAAUUUAUCAACCCAAAAGACUAUGAUAAACCGAUACAGCAGGUAAUUGUGGAUCUAACAGAUGGUGGCGUCGAUUAUAGUUUUGAGUGCAUUGGGAAUGUCUCUGUAAUGAGGUCUGCUCUUGAGUGCUGCCAUAAGGGAUGGGGAACCUCGGUCAUUGUGGGUGUUGCAGCAUCAGGUCAAGAGAUAUCUACACGACCAUUUCAGCUGGUUACCGGUCGUGUAUGGAAGGGUACAGCUUUUGGUGGUUUUAAAAGUCGUUCUCAAGUACCUUGGCUUGUUGACAAAUAUAUGAAGAAAGAAAUCAAGGUUGACGAGUACAUUUCCCAUAAUUUGACUCUUGCAGAGAUAAACAAAGCUUUUGAUCUGAUGCAUGAUGGGGUUUGCCUCCGCGUGGUACUUAAUAUGCAUGCUUAAUAUGAUCCAACGUGCAUUUUGUUAUCAACAGUAGAUUUUCCUUGUCUUCGUGUUGUCCCUUUCAUGAGCAGGGAGAGGAAAAUCAUAUUUCCAGUUUCUGGAUUUGGAACUGUAUGUAUUUUACUGACUUUGCCUCUUUGGUUGAGAUUGACAUUUUCUUUGAUGGUUUGCAUAGAUUUCGACUGUC